AUGGCAAUCAAAAUGAAUCUCCGCGCCUUGCUUUUCAUGUGGAUAUUAGUAAGUUUUGCCGUUUCUGAGAAUUUUGUGGAUCACCUUUUUGAAAACUAUAGCUCUAUGAUAAAACCACUAAAAAACCAAAGUGACGUGGUACAUGUCAAUUUCUAUUUUACCAUCAAUGCGGUUCAGGAAGUUGAUGAACGUAUGCAGUAUAUAUCAUUUUUCGGUUGGUUCAAUGUUCAGUGGUAUGACGAAUUUCUAACUUGGAAUCGCACUCAGAAUUCCGGAUUAGAAACAAUUGCAGUACCUUAUCAAAAACUUUGGACUCCAGAUAUAUCAAUGUGGUAUACUGAAAAAGGAAUUCAUGGGUUGGAACCACACCCAUACGUUACAGUGAAUUCUGAUGGUCACGUGACUUGGUAUCCUGGCGGGAAAAUGAUACUUUCAUGUGACAUCAAAGUUUCGAGAUUCCCAUUUGAUGAGCAGCGGUGUAAAAUAAUUGUUAGCGCUUGGCAAGUAAAUGACUGGGUCCAAAAACUUGUCCCAAAAUCAAGAACAAGUGAUGAUUCAAAACUUAUCACUGAAAAUGGUGAAUGGAUAUUUAUUAAAUUUACCUACACUAUAGAGUACUUCCCCGAAUUUCAUUUGACAACUGUGGGUUACGUCCUUCAUUUUAAAAGAAGAUACCUAUAUAUCGUUCUGACAAUUUUUGUUCCCAUAGUCAUUCUGGCUGUUUUGAAUUCGCUAACUUUCUUUGUACCAGUUGAUUCCGGGGAAAGAAUAACCUAUAGUCUGACGCUUUUUCUGACGUUUACUGUCUUCUUAACCUUAUUUGAGCAAACGAUGCCACGAAAUUCUACGGAUGUACCAUAUCUCACAAUAUUCGUUGGAUUUCAUUUGGUCCUUUGUGUUUUAAGUACGAUCAUUUCUGUUUUGUUGAAACCUAUCAUUAAACCAAGCGUUAAUUAUGACCAAUCCCGAAAAUCCGAGAAACAAACAAGGGAGCAACACAUUGGGAAUGAAAAGAUUGAUGAGAAUGAUAAAUCCCUCGAAUUUGAAGCAAAUGAUACACAUAGAAGCAGAGCAUCUUGUGGUUCCCAGAUAACGUCAUCCUCUAACUCAGAGAAACAGCACAUUGAGAAUGAGAAUAGUGACGAGAAUGAAAAAAACAUUGAAUUUGAUCCAAAUAAUGAGGAUGUAGGCAGAGAAUCUGGUGGAUAUUCCCAGGUUCGCAAGUAUCGAAAAUCAACCUUAGAAUGCCGCCUACUGUUGGAGAUGGCGACCAGUUUUCGUCAUGUCAUUGCUAGAAGCCUGGAAAAUGGCAUUUAA